AUGAGUGAUUUCAUAAUCCCUGUUCUUCCCCGUGAAAUCAUCGUCAAAAUCCUCUUAAAGGUGCCCUCGAAGUUCCUGUUGAAAUUCAGGUGCGUUUCAAAAUCAUGGCUUGAACUAAUCUCUAGCCCUGAAUUUAUAAACGCCCAUCUGAAAUUAACAGCUAAUGACAAAGAAUGCAGCCACCAUAGGGUUAUAUUUCAAGACUCGGAAGGAAAUUUCAAGUUACGUUCUCUCCCUUCCUUGUUUUACAAGGAACAAAUCACUGAGCUAUUAAACAUGGCUUCUCCCUUGGAAAAUCCGACUAUUUAUACUUGGACUGUGGGUUCUGUCAAUGGACUGAUUUGUUUGUAUAGUAAGAUAGAGGAGCCAUUUUUAUGGAACCCCACAAUCAGGAAGUCUAAGAAGUUGCCUACAUUUGGAGAUAAAUUGAGGAGGAAUUGCUCUUACUAUUGCAAAUAUGGUUUUGGAUAUGAUGAGGCACGUGACGAUUAUAAAGUAGUAGUUGUUCAGUGUAUUUCUGAUGAUGGUGGUUCAUAUGAUACUGUAGUCAACAUUUACAGUUUGAAGGAUGAUACUUGGAGAACAGUCGAUAAGUUUCAGGGAAACUUUUUGGUAAAUUCUUCAGGUAAAUUUGCCAAUGGGAAGCUUUAUUGGGCUUUAUCUGCUAAUGUUGAUACGUUCGAUAUGUGCAACAUCAUUUCUCUUGAUUUAGCAUACGAGACAUGGAGAAGGUUGGAGCUUCCCAGUUACGGAGAUAGCAAUUAUCCUUUGACACUGGGAGUGGUGGGAAGUGAUCUUUCUGUGCUUUGUCCUUGUCGUCAAGUAACUAAUUCUGAUGUGUGGAUUCUCAAGGAUUGUGGAGUUAAAGUAUCUUGGACAAAGAUUUUCACUAUCGAACAUCAUCGAGAUCUUGGGGAGUUUAUAUUUUUUUCACCCAUUUUCUCUAUACCUUUAUGCCAGUCAAAUAAGGGUGAAAGUUUACUUUUGCUUCCCCCAGUUAUUAUGAUAUAUGAUGGUUCAACCAAACAAUUAGAGGCCAUUGAAAAUGAGGAAUACUUUGCUGCAGAAAUCUAUGUAGAAAGCCUUAUUGAUCCCGUAUUGAUAGCUGAUCGAGGACAUCGUAACCUUGAAACCUCACAAUCAUUUAGCUACUAA